AUGGCGUGGGAUCAUUUGGAUAUCGAUAAGCCGCAUUUGGCUUAUAUGAUCCUAGGUGGUUUCACCGGCCUGUUCAUGUUAUGCUCUCUUUUCGUCAAAGAGAAGCUCUAUAUUGGUGAGGCGACGGUGGCCACCCUGUGUGGUAUCAUCUUCGGACCUCAUGCUGCCAAUCUAUUUAAUCCCUUGGAAUGGGGCAAUGUCGAUAAAAUCACUCUCGAAUGUUCGCGCAUUGUUCUGGUCGUGCAAUGUUUUGCCGUUGGUGUCGAAUUGCCCAAAGCCUACAUGGAGCGUCACUGGAAGUCCGUCUUUUUGCUUUUGGUCCCCGUCAUGACUUGGGGUUGGUUGAUAACCAGUCUGUUCAUUUGGUGGAUGGUACCACCGCUCGAUUGGCUUGAAAGUUUGCUUUGCGCCGCCUGCGUCACGGCCACUGACCCUGUCUUGGCCUCGUCCGUCGUCGGUAAGGGUAAAUUCGCCAAGCGGGUUCCCAAGCACUUGCGUGACUUGUUGUCUGCCGAGUCUGGCUGUAACGAUGGUAUGGCCUUUCCGUUCAUCUACUUGUCCUUCUACCUUCUACGCUAUCGCCCGGACUCGGACAAGGUCGCGCUGGAAUGGUUCUGUACCACCAUUCUGUACGAGUGUAUCGCGGGCGCUAUCUUCGGCUUCCUCAUCGGUUACUUUGCGCGUCAUGCGAUCAAAUGGGCUGAGCACAAGGGGUUGAUUGAUCGUGAGAGUUUCCUGGUGUUCUACUUCGUUUUGGCGGUGUUCUGCGCUGGUUCGGGUAGUUUAUUGGGCAUGGACGAUCUCCUGAUCGGUUUCGCUGCCGGUGUUGGUUUCAGUAACGAUGGAUGGUUCACGGAGAAGACUGAGGAAUCUCACGUCUCCAACGUUAUUGAUCUUUUGCUGAACUUGGCCUUCUUUGUCUACUUUGGCUCUGUCAUCCCUUGGGAGGACUACAACGCCCCCGACCUUGGCCUCACGCCUUGGCGACUCGUGGUGAUUGCGCUUCUGGUCAUUUUCUUCCGUCGCAUACCAAUCAUGCUGGCCUUAAAACCGGUAAUACCGGACGUCAAAACAUGGCGCGAGGCCCUUUUCGCCGGCCACUUCGGUCCCAUUGGUGUCGGUGCCGUAUUCGCUUGUAUCCUGGCCCGUGCCGAAUUAGAAACCGACAGUACGCAGCCGCUGCCUGCUAGCGACCUGUCCAGAAUAGGUGAACUCGAGCAUCCCGAGUGGGACUCUAUCAUCAAGCUUAUUUGGCCCAUCACGACCUUCAUCAUCAUCUCGUCGAUUCUGGUGCACGGAUCGUCCAUCGCCGUGUUCACUUUGGGCAAGCGUAUCAAUACCAUGACGAUUACCCUGUCGUACACCCAGGCCAACGAGGAAGGACCGUCCUGGAUGAACCGCCUGCCGCGUGUGCAGUCGUUGGCCAAGGGUUCCAUGUCUUUCCGGAAGCCUGACGAGAUGGAUGAGUCGUCCAGUGAUCAAUAUCCCCCGGGUACAUUGCCGCCAAUUGGUGUUCCAGGUAACUUUUUGCGUCGUGUGCGCGAGGACGACAAGGACAACGAGUCCCCUGGUCCUAGGCCCACUCGGAGACGUAGAAGACGCCACCGCGACUCUAGUGUUGGUGGUCCCAUUAGCCAGUCUGCCAUCGCUCCUCAACGACGAUCUGAUCAAGAGGAAGAAGACAAAGAACUGGAAGAACGUGACAGAAUCGAACGUGAAGGUUCUCCACCUUCUCGUGAGCGCGAGCGCUUUGGCCGUGAACCCGCUAUGGAAGUGUACCUCGAAGGCUCUAAGAUGAUCAUGGAAGACGAAGAAGGCAACGUUCUCAGAACUGAGGAUGUCAGCCACAUGUCUCGCGAGGAGCAGGCGAAUCACAUCGAGCAGGAACGGCAGAAGCUGGAGCAAGAUAUGUCCGGGAAGGUUUCCAAGUCUAAAGAGCAGCAACAUACCAAGACUGAAGGCGAGGAAGUUCAACAGGCUGUUGGUGAGAAGACUGGUCACCCGUUGCAGAAAGCUCGUCAAACUCUGGGACGAUGGGUUGGUCUAGGCAAGGGCCGUACUCAGGAGCCUGAGCCACCUGUCGAAGAGGAAGAGGACGAAGGCGUCGUUGAGGCCAAGAAGAAAGAGAAGAAGGCUGCUGAUGAGAAGAAAAAGAAAGAGAAGGGUCGCUCUGCGCACGCAUACCAGUUCGGUAAUACCAUUAUUGUCGAAGAUGAGGAGGGUGAAGUCAUCAAGAAGUACUCUAUUCCAUCUGCGACAGCCGAUGAACCCGACGCUCCCAAGCCUGUCCGCCGUGGAUUGACACGCAUGGGCACUUGGUUCGGCAAAGAAGACCAGAAACCCGAGUCAUCCAAGAAUGUGCAAGAGAACAAGAAGGCAAAGGAAGACGAUUGGCUUGCAGACGAUGGUCUCCGUUUCACUGUGAACGACGCUGUUGAGGACAAGGGUGUUAACCACAAGGGCCGCCGCAUGAACAAGCACGAGUUUAUCAAGCAGAUCCAGAACCUGGGUCCCAGGGAUCGUCACGAUAUGGUCAAGGAAUCUGACGCUCCGGGACAGGUCCAGGAUAUGGCCGAGGAUCAGUUGCAUGCUGCGAACCGCCGUGAAAGUCGGAAGUCGCAGACCUUCGAUGCCCAAGCCCAAGACAUGAAGAAGGCUCAGGAAGCUGCUGCUCAGAAGAAGGACGAUGAUGAAGAGUCUGUUAGCACCAGUGAUAUGGAAGACGAAUCGUCUGACGCAGAAGUCCCUGGUGAUAACGUAGCCGCUUCGCUUGCACGCUUCACCCGCGGCAGCUCAGCCCAAGAACGGCGCAGCCAACUUGGCGGUGAACAACCCUCCUCUCAGCCUCGCACCCGCCGCGACUCCGAAGACGACGGCACCGAACGUGUCCCGCCUUCUCAACUCCGCGAAUCAGCCGGUUUUCCUCUCUCGCCUCGCUCUAAGCCCACCACAGCAGACGUAGAUGACACGGGUGAAACGCCUGCCGAACGUCGUCGUCGUCUCGCAGCUCUGGGUGAAAUCAGAGACGACUCUGACUCUGAUUCCGUCGCUGUCGAUGAAGAUGAUGCAUCAGACAGCGAGGAGAACGGCGAGCGCAAGAUCCAGUUCGCGGAUGGAACUAAGCAUGGUUCUGACGGUGGCAAUGGUGGGUCAACUUCGAAUGGAGAGAGUUCGAGACAGCGUCCUACAAUUUCUUGGGGUGGUGAGAAAGGGAGAGGGGAGCAAAGUUGA